AUGUGGGCUUCAAAAGUUCUCAAAGGUCGGAAUGCAAGAUCGAUUACAAAGACUUCAAUUGCAGCUGCUGCUUCAGCGCCAACAUCUCAAGCGGAAUUCAGUGCCAAUUCACAAGCCUUCUCUGUAGCUGUGACUGAGCUGCUCGAAUGCCUGGACUUUGUACUUGAUCAGUUGGAUGAUCAAGGAGAACAUGGAGACUUGUUACAGUUUCAUCUAUCACGGCUUGCCAAGGAGAUAUCGAAGUACGAAAACUCAAAGGUUGAUGAACAAAUCUCACAGCCGUGGACUGGGAACCAGAAGGACGCUGCCUCAGUCUUUCCUUUACAAGUAUCGAAUGCAAAGUUCUCGCUCGUCACAUUCGGAGCCCCGCCUGUUACUUCGACCAACAUCACUGAACUGGCUCAAAGUCUUCCUCAAACUCGGCAUAUCUAUGCUGUUGUCAACGAACACGACUUAGUGCCGAGGAUUGAUCAAGGCUACAUCACAUCGAUCAUCAGUUUGUACCGGUCAGCCUACGGGCUACCAUUGUCCGACUUCAAUAACACCACGUUUACAAACAACACUCAAGCAGAUAGAAAUCAGGAUGCUAUCUGGAAACUACCUCCGCCUGACUUCUAUGUCGUUGGAAAUGUCAUCGUCCUGAGAGCAAAUCUCGAUUACAAUGCUUUACAGUCGACAUCAAGCCAAACCAAUUGGAGAGAUUGGUGCAAGAGUCUGGAGCAACAGUAUGAUAGUACUCGAGAUAAGGCAAAACGCGAUUUACUGGAUUUGCUCUCACACCUGGCUCAACUAGCUGUUCUGAUAGACAUCUCAUACCGUCUCGAUCCAAUGUGUUGA